CCAAACUUCCAUGGACGGAUCUCACAUCCAUGUGCUAAAUGUCUCGUACUAUAGGCACCGUCCGUUUCUUACUUACUGCUUCUAUUGACACUGCCUGUGUGGUGGUCCGAAGGCAGCUACCCGUACAUCGGCCAUCACACCAUCAAAAUUUGGUCGCUCUCAAAUCUAUCGCUGCUUUUUUGCGACUUCGAUCAAUCAUUAUGCCAGAGCAAUAGAUAUGGUAUAGCUUGCCAAUUGAGGUAAAACCCCAUGUCAUCUCUCAAUUGUUACUGCGCCUACGUCACCACUUCUGAGUCUUUAGAUACAAUCCAACCUGCCUGUCUUUCGACAAAGUAACACAUACAGACAUGUCACUACAUUCGGGAAACAUCCCGGAGGCCUCCUCGAUGCUUAGCCCUAAUCUUCCGGCAUUGAUUAGCCAACCCGCACCACCCAGAGUCCUCCCGACAGUGUUGCAAGCAAGCCAAUUUCUCGCCUCUUUCUUCCCAAUACGAACUCGCGAUGUCCCAUGGCUCUAUCAUGAACCGAGAAAUCCUCGUUACUCGCCGGAUACUGCGCCAGUCGCACGCAUAGUAUGCAGUAUUACCCCUACAGCUGGGGUUUAUACGGCUAUGCAUACAGCUCGUACACCACCACCUCUUGUCUUCUUACAUCGACCUUUUACCUUGGACAGGAAACGAGUCACUCGUAACACGAAUGUCUUGAGCUCCCAUGUUGGCUUCGAUGAAGUCUUGACAACUGGCUGGAAUGAGGCUUUGGCUGGACGUCUUGGCUUAUAUACUGGCGACGAUGCUGUAUGCAUACAGGGAUACAAAGGUGAUCCAGAUCGUCGUAUAGGUCUCGUCGCAGCAUCUCGGAUGACGACUAAACUCGGCUCAAUCUCCGAUGCUACCAAACGCGAAUUUGGCCAGUGGGAUGCUGUAUACGGAGUCGAUGUUGAAAGCAAAGAAGAUAUGGCGCAACCCGUUUCCGUCGUCGCCAUCAUGAACGCGUUCCAUCCAGAAGAAGUGCAACGAGUCGCAGAAGCUGCAUUGUCUAAAGGCUGGAUCUCAGACAUUGAUGACGGAAGCAGUAUAGUCUACCUCACCGGCCAAGCACGAGAACCAGGACUUCUCGCCGCACAAGAGAAGAAGAUGAAAGUCUUUUGCGUCGGCCAUCGGAGCUGUGAAGAAUGGGGAAUCAGAUAUCUGGCUUCUGAACUGAGACGAGAGUUUCCCAUGGUUGAUGUCUGCGAGGUGUACGAAGAUGAAGAGCCGCGACUACCACGAGAGCCGAAGAAACCAAAGCCGGACUUGAAGAGGAAUGUACCUUCCUCUACAGCGAACUUGCCGGAGCAAAAGCGUAGACUAGAGGAUACACCUUCUGUCGAAUAGAGCUAGCGUCAACAAUAGAAGU